GAAAAAGUAAAAGACACAGCGUAGCUAUAGAUUGAUACAGUGAUAUAUGAAUCGUAUGACAACGUGCAUCAGAUAACGUAACUCUAACUUUCAUGAUUUCCAAUCGGUUAAAACAUAAAAUGAUAAAUGAAUAUCUCAACAUACUCAUCCCAAAGUGUUACCCAAAGAUGGUACGGAUGAUGUAAAAGUUUUUCGGUGAUUUUGGAGAGCCGGACGACAUAGGUUUUUUUAACUUCCAGCCCGCGCCUCAGGAGUCAAUGAGGCGGUAUAAUUCGCGGGAACGAGAACGACGAGGACGACGCAAUGACUCACGAUAUCGAGAGCGAGAACGACGACGCGAUGACUCACGAUAUCGACAACGACAACUACGAUGCGAUAACUCAAGAUAUCGCGACGAGCGUCAGCAACAUGGAAAUAAUAGUCACAGACGAGCUGCUUCGCGAGAGCGAGACCGGCGUCGAGAUUUUCGGCACCAAAGCAACCAAGAACAACGCGGGUUUCGAAGUAGAAGUAGAAGUCAACAGCGGGACUAUAGGCGGAACGUUUACGAAAUCGAAGACGCAAGACCGCGACAAGGACAACCGGCCAGAAGGGGACGAGCGGAAAACUUCAUCGACCGACCCGCGCAAGAAGAUCGGACUCGGAACCCACCACGACAGCAGGACAAUCACCGCGAUCCGGAUUAUUUUAACGACACAGCUGGUGCUGGGCCUGGACGAGCUGCAUCAAGUGCUGAUCGUUCUUACCACGAGCAGCGAACAACAGCUACCACCAGCACAAGACUAAGACAGCAGUCGGUACAGCUUCAGGAGUUUUGGAUGAAUGCAAACAACACGACGUCCAAGGAGACCACCUCCACCGCGUCGGGAAGCAGGAACUGGAACUCCAGCGCUAGCUCCACACAACGCGUCAUGCGUCCUUGGAGCAACGACAACGCGCCAGACGAGGUUGAGCAGAGGAGAAGGUUCCUGCGACAGUUCCCGCAGAAAAAAUGUCACUUCGAUCCGUCGUCGAGCAAAAGGCCGUGCCACUUCGGAGACGCCUGCAAGCAGUACCACAGUGGCCGCGCAGCCAGCGCGCCGCUUACGGAAGAGGAAUUGCAGGACCUCGGGGCGUGGGCUUCGGGCCUUUUGGGGGUGGGUAUGAGAGUGCACAACUCCCCCUUCCCCUCAUUUGUACAUAUACGAACAGCAAUACAAGCGUCGGCAAGAAUACAGGUUUUGCACGACAAAUUUGAACAGGGGUGUAGUUGGUGCUAUUUGGGCUGCCAGAACUUGUCAUGUAAACAGUGCCAAGAGGAUAGGUGUAAUUUAAGUAUUUUGCAGCAUGACAAAUGAGGGGGAGGGGGAGUAGUUGUGCACCCUCAUAGUGGGAAAUUUUUCAGCCGCACCGCAGCGGACGGCGGAGUAUUUUCUGUUGCGGUUACGUGGCACUCACCGACCACGAUUUUGGCAGCCCUUUGAGAGGGAAAAAACUCUGCGAAAUUGUAACAGCUCGCGGUUUGCGAUGCCAGGCCCCUCCAGUAAUGUACUUGGGGGCGCAGCCGCGCCUGCAGCAUCAACUUCAACACACACAACGCAAAUCCGAGCAGACCCAGAGUCGUACCUUCACGCCGUGCUCGCCGUAGCCGUGGAAGCACCAGAAAUUUAUAGGCGGGACCAUGCUUACCGGAGCAUUGUUGAAGCAGGUGCAUACUGUUCACGUUGUGUAUUGUGUUGUGUCGAAGAUGGAGUUCUUGCGCUUGCGUGGGGCAGGACAGCUAUAUGUAUUUCCUCUUUGCAUGAUUGCGGUAUGUGUUGCUAGAUGGUUCUAAGCAAACAGUUUGUGACUUUUGAAAGUGCUUUACCAUACCCUUCUUCAUCACAUCACACCAGUUUUGCGAGAGCAAUUUCCUCGUCCAGAUUCGGAGAUGCUUGCGAAGUUUGACCGCUUUCUGGUUGGCAAGGUUGCGAUAUUCUAUCCUGGCACGAGCACGGGAGACGCAACGCAGCCGGAUUUUUUUGCUAAGCGCCAAGUUGGUCGGCAGCCACUAACGGGAGACAAAGCACCGUCGCUGAUCACCAGCCAAGAAGCAUUCGACAAGGCGUUUAAGGUGGACACGGCAUACGAUUUUACGGAGUAUCACUAUCUCCGGAGGUGUUUUCGCCUGGCCCGGCAUCCAAGGUAUGCUAGUCUUUGUUUAUGCGGUUCAGAAAUAGAAAUAGUUUUUUUUCGAUCUUUUUCAUGACGUCAGAUGGCGCCGGGCAAAUGUGCUAACGAAAGUUGCGCACCCACGUGCCUGGUUUGAAGUUAAACGUGAAUUGGUAAACCCAUAAAAUGCCCAGGUGCGCGAAAUAUUUCGACGCCCAGAGUCACGAUGACCGUGUGGCACUCGUUCUACAGGGGCUGACGCAGUACCCAUCGCGGGAAGACCGGCUGCGAUGGAUGGCAUUCCUCCAGGGCCAUGUCAUCGGGCCCCCACUCCGACAGCUACCGACGGACCCCGUCGACAAGCUACCGACGGACGACGGGCGCGGUCUGCGGCAGAGGCCAAAGUCGUACAGUGCCUGUUUUAGCACGGAGCCGGAAGUAGGGCACCCAGACCGCCCCUCGCGGCGACAGUUUUUACAGCGCCUGGUCUGGGCUUCCGACUACGCCCAGGCGUUCAGCGACGAAGACGCAGCAACCAGGGAGGAGCGGGUGGAAUUGGUGUUGCGGACGCGAUACUGCUGCACUGACUGCAACGCACCAACACCCCGCUACGGGUUGGAGGGGACAAACCCCAUAUGCUGGGCCUGUGCAGACGUGCUGCAAGAAAAUCGGAAGGAGGUCUUGCGACAGGAGUUUUUGACUUGGGUCGGAAAUAAAGCAAACUGCUAUCGCGGAGUGAAUCCGGCGUGGCCCGCGCAAGGAGAUCUACUGCCGACUCUCCGGAACAACGACCAGUUCCCAUACUUCCCCACGCCGCACCACGGUCGGCCGGGAAUGACGCAGUGGGAGUCGUUUCUGGACCACAACGUCUUCCGCCCCGGAUCUGCAGCCAACAAGAUGCAUCUGCGGGACGCCCAUUAUACCCCGGAACGCGUCUAUCGCGCGAAAAAACUGUUUCGCUGUGAACUUGUGAUGCAGAAAAUGUAUCUGCGAAGGGUUUGUCUUGCUACACAUGCAAGACACUAGAUUUUUAGCUGUGUUUUCCCUUAGGAAUCUCGCAUGGCAAAUUUUCUCUGUGAUGUAGAACAAACUUGUGAUGCAAAACUUGCAAAAUCCUAUACAGUGAAACACUUUUUUCAUGCGAUAGCGUCCUGCUCUGGGCGGUGACUUUUGCAGAUACUCUGUGGCCACUAAAGAAGCUGCUUGCUGAGAUCAAGCAUCCGCUUGACGACUUGCACGCAAACAACGCCUUCGUCGCGGAGGUGGGAGAGGACCAGAAACCCAGUCCGAUGGGGCUGCAGCAUCAGCGGGCAGAAGUGCAGGAAGUUUUGAGCAAGGCGGAAAUGCCAACACUGGCGUGGGGCAUACAGCUUCGGGAGUGCCAUGACGUCCUGCGUCCGUUUGUCCUGAAGGCAAUCAGCCGGCGGCUUUUUUGGCAGUACCGCGUUAGCUGCAACAUGGCCCACCGACUGUUCCCGCCGAUUUGGAACCAGUUGCGGCAAAUUGGGUCGGUCGCGACGGUAUGCGUUGCAAAUGUGUCUGGGUCUGGAAGAUUGCGAGGCCUUUCGUGCUAGUUUGGCAUGACUCUGAGCUCUGUAUUGCGUGGCCACGAAGGCCUCCUCUUGUCUGUCAUGCAAGAACGAUGUUUCUCAUGCAAAAUACGCAUCACAGAGCUACGAGAAAAUCUGUCAUGCUUGGCGGUGCAUUACAGUGCGCUUUCUGCUCACUGACAUGCGUCACAAUUUUCCAGAGCCAGACCCAGACAUAUUUGCACUUGAUAGACGGUGUCGGAGCUGCUCGAUGUCGCCACGCCGACGUUUUUGCGGGACAUCAUUUUGCGGGACGCCGAUGCGAUUUUUGACGACUUGCCGCUAGCAGACCAGGUCGCGCUCGCGUGUUUGAAAUACAUGGCAGACCGCCAGGCUGCAGGGGAAGGCGAGCCUAGAGGGGUGUCCGCUGCUGCGUCCGACCGCCGAAUCUUGAUGAUCGUAUCCGCUGCAAAUAUGUCUGGGUCUGGUAGAAGAAUGCAGACGUUUGUCCUCGAGCUCAGUUUGCAUGCGCCACGGACUCUGCAACGCAGUUGCACGGCCUAGCAUGCAUAUGAAUAUCGUGUGAGAUGAAAUCGCUUUUCAGCGUGCCCACAACAAGGUAGUUGUCUCUGUUGCUACUCACUCACGCAAGGCAGGAUUUUGCGUAACCUGCAAGACGCAUCAUCAGAGAUCUCUGAAAAUAGCUGCCGGACUGAGACAAAUUUGCAAUGGAUAGGUUGACAUGUUGCACCAUUUGGCCGAUAUUAACCCUGGACCGAACAAUGGAUGGCGGGUCACGCGGCAUUAUUUGCCCAACGGCGGCGCGCUCUUCUCCAGCAACUGCAGUGAGGCUUGGGUCUACUUGUCCAGUGGAGGUGGAUAUGCAUUGCAAAUAUGCUCUGGGUCUGGAAAGGUGGAGUUUGUGACGCUGCGUUUGGAAUCCAAAUUUGGGUUCUAAAAAAAAUUUGUAUUGCUAAAAAAAAUUUGUAUUGCAUGAGCAGCAAAAGGAGUCCAAGUACGCGGACAGGGCAUUUGUCAUGCGGGAUCGGCACCGAGAAGCCCUGAGAAAAUCUGUGAUGCUUGGGCAGACAUGAGAGACUUCAUGGCUACUUCUCAUGCAAAACGUGCAUGCCAAACUUGCACUCUUCCAGACCCAGACAUAUUUGCGCUGGAUAGUGGAGACGAAGAAGCGCAGCAACAGCAGAACCAAGGCCCCCGCGCGACGGGAGGUAGCGGUGCGAUCCAUGUAUUCCGUGUUCUGGACCCACAAGACGCUGCGAGGUGGUACAGAUUCAGUUUCGCCCCGCACGAGAUCAUGAACGCCGGGUACCGCAGUACGCUACUGCAGGGCUUUCAACGAAAGGCGAUUGGCGCUCUGUUCGACGGCGGACUAUCCCCGCUCGAUUUCCGCAACACGGUCCCCUACCGGGCUGCAGAGGAUCUGGAACUCGCAGGGGCGCACGCCCCAGAGGAAAUCUACCCGACGCUGGGAGUGACACGGCAUUUUCGCGACAAGCGAGACGACCACGGGGCCGCAACAGAGCGGAAUUUUCAAGUGCUUGCCUUGAAGCUGCCACCCCGGGCAGCCGAGAACCAGUACCCUGAGGACGCCGAGGUAAAAAAUUGGGAACAGCUGCUGCUCCAGACCGAAGUGGCGCGACGGCCGUCUUUUCGAGCCUUUUGCGGGUAUGAUUCCGUGGCGACGCACGCGAGAACCAAUUUGUCGCGAGAUAUCCUCUGCGAGACGUUGAAGCUGCCGGAACCGCGGAUGCGACAACUAGAGCGGUCGCGAAUCGACGCGAUCAAGACCAUCCGAGCGCAAUACCAACCUGCUGGGGCACAACAGCAGAACUUCUUAGGCGGAUCUGACAAUUGGGGCCAUGUCUAGUAGCUCGUGCACGUCAUCUUCCACGUGUUCCGCUUCGAUUUGGUUCCGCGCUCCGGAUCUUCGGUCUCUGUGCGAAUUCUUGAUAAAAAGUGAGGCAACAUAAAAAUCGUGACGAUUAAGUACUUCUACAUCUUCCUCUUCUGCAUCGUUCAGAAUGAUGUUGAAUUUUACUCACACUAUCGUAUGAAACGUCUGAAGCUGCAAAGGCAGUAGCCGAAGUCGCACACAGAGUCACAGCACAGAAGCACUCUUAUCUAACGCAUACAGCAACUUUGGUUAUGUUUUUGUUUAUGUUUUCUGAGAAUUGACAUUGACAUUCAAGAAGACGCUUUUACAGUAAAUGGCAUUUAAUGCUCAAGUAGUAUAGUUGUGAAAUGAUAAAACACAGAAUUUCAAUAUUGGUAUUCGCGCGCAUAUCGCUCAAAGAACGGAAGGUGACAGUUGG